AUGGCGUCGACGAAGCCAUUGAUCGUCGCAGCGAAGACACUCCGGAACCGGAUGCUUUCCCGAUCAGGAUCCACAUCUGCGGGUCCCAGUCGGUGGGCGACGCCUGGGCACGAGGAGCGUCCCAAAGGAUAUUUCAUGAACCGGACUCCGCCGGCUCCGGGACAGUCGCGCAAAUGGGAAGAUUGGGAGCUUCCUUGUUACAUCACGAGCUUCCUCACGAUUGUUAUCCUUGGUGUCGGACUCAAUGCGAAGCCAGAUCUUUCAAUCGAGACCUGGGCGCACCAGAAAGCUCUUGAGCGCCUCGAGAUGGAGAAGCUCGCGUCUAUCGGAGAUUCAUCCGAUUGA